GUGAAAGACGAAGUGAAAAAACGCUCCUAUAUGAAUUUCAUGGUGAAAUGAUGGCUUUAAAGAGCAUAGACUUAUCAAAGGCCCCAUCGUAUGUCCUGGAAGAAAUGCAAAAAGAAGUCAAAAUUUAUAAAGACCUAGCCGAUAUUCAAGGCAAGUAUAUCCCAAAACUGGUCUGUUAUGGAUAUUAUGGAGAAGGUAUGAGUUUCGUUAUAGGCAUGACCAUUGUCGGCACUCCGUUGAGCGAGCAAAAAAUAAAGAAACAGCAAAAGACAAGGGCUAUUAAGGGACUAGAAGCGAUCCACAAGUAUGGCAUCCUUUAUAAUGACAUUCAGGAGGAAAACAUCUUAAUUAAUGAUAAUGGCGUCAUCUUCCUAAUUGACUUCGGGAUGGCAAUAUCUAAUAAGAUCACCUCUUCUGUAACUCAGAAUAAAAAAUCUCAAUCACAUAAGAAGAAGGAAGCAGAGAAUAUUGUACAAGAUGUAUUUGAUUUCAUGACUACUUCGGCACCUGAGAAAAAUCAUAUGACUGAAAUUUCCAUGACGGGAAACUCACUUCCCGUCACUAAAAAUACCGAUAAGAAAAAUCCCGUAGUUAUACUAUCUGAUGGUCCUUUUAUAGAUUCCAAAGAGGAUAUUUUGAAUGAUCAGGAUAAUAUAUUUAAGGAGCAACCCGAGAAAGCUGAGUUUAUAAAUUCUAUCAAAAAAGAUUACACAGAAUUUGAGGGUUAUAUAGUAAAAUUAAAACAUCUUAGUUCGCAAAACCCAGACAAUCUUGAGAGUAUUGAGGCUUUAAUUCGUGAUAUCAAGGCUCAGAAUUCCUGGCCGGAUGUAGACACUUCUGUAUGGGAUAUUUUAGCCAGAAGAAUUCGUGAAUUGCUUUUAUGCCCAGAAUGCCACGAACCUAUUUUCACAAAUCCGCAACAAAAGAAUAUUACUAUUCUUACAGAUAGACGAAUGAUUCACAGUGUUUGUCUUGAAUGUCCUGCUACCAAAGCCGAAGAAAAAAAUGAUGUUUCUCAGAUCAAGGCUUCACAGAAUACUAAACCCUCGAAUCAUGACAUUUUGCGUCCCCAAUCAUCGCAUGAUAACUUAGCAUUACCGAAUGUGAAAACCAAGCUUGAAGCACCUAUUAUAGAACAAGAAGUCUUAGAGCAAACUCAAGACAUUACUAAUUUGCAGGAU